AUGCCUUCCCCGCACGUGCCAUUGAAUCAUCUUCCGACUCUGAGGGAAGGAGGCACUCAUCCUCUGCUUCCCAAAUUCCAAAACCCCGGCCUCGAGAUUGCCGGUGUUGUGCUUGGGGUCCUUCCCCUCGCCAUUGAGGCCCUUGAGAAAUAUGGCGAGGUAGCCCGGCGCCUCAAUCACUUUUACAAGAUCAGGACGGAAUACCAGGAAUGGCAUCGGCAACUAAAGUACAACCUCCUCUUAUACGAACGAAAUCUCAAAGAGCUGCUUCUUUCUCUCAUGAUCGACGACGAAACGGAAAAGGACAAGAUCCCCGACCUCAUCAAGGACCCGUUUGGGACUUGGUGGACCGAGCCCAAGACAGCCCGCCUCCUGCAGGAACGCCUCCGCGAUGGCUAUGAGGUGUAUAUGGAUUGCAUUCAGGUGAUCAAGCAGGUCAUGGAAGCCAUUGUUCAAGAGCUUGCUUUGCGUAACCCGUCAGUUCAGAGCAUGAUGAACGCAUCUGGGGAGGCUACAAUAAUUGCACGAUUGAAGGCGCUGAGAGAAAGCGACAAUUGGUCGUUCCAAAGGUUCAGAUUCACGUUUGCCUUCAAGGGCGAUGAGAAGCGAACCCGUCUGUUCAGCAAAUUGGAAGAUUACAACAGAAAACUCCGGGACCUUCUCGCGGGCAGCGACAGACUCCGAGACCUCUCCGCUCAAAUUCCUGUUGCGGCUCAGCCAAAAACUGCCGCCAUCGACACUGCGCUCUGUAACUUUUGGGUAACAGCCGACAAAUUCUUCCACACCAUUGCCUCAAGCUGGAACUGCCGAUGCAAGACCCACUGCGCGAAUCUCCUUUUACGACAUCGGAGCGAUGCUACGCCCGAAUUUGAGGUACUGUUCACGAAGGAACAGCCAUCUCUGACAACAUGGAAUGCCCGGAAAACGAAGAUUGUUGGGAAAAACGGUCUCAACUCCGAGCCAGAAGAGGAGGCCCAAACUCGGAUGAGCUUGCCGAUACACACGCCAUCCCACAAGGACAGCCGUCCACUCAAGUCCGCGCUGGGAAAUCCUAAAAAAGGAAAGGGAAAAACUGCAAUGUUCUCAGGAUCUCAAGAAGUGACCAUUGGAUCUUCAACAACAAUGACUCUCGUACAAGUGAAGCAAAAAGACGAGAUCACCAUCGCCUCCACCGGUUACACCACACGCACAACCUCACAGCAGAUCAUCCACUGUCUCUGCACCGCCUUGGAAACACCACAAGUCUCAUCCGAAAUCCCAGACGAGCAGGAGUCCAGCUACGGCUACCUCGUUAGCAAAGACAUUGCAUACCACAUCUACGACGUCCCCUACUACCGCCCGACCCAGCAUCACAUCGCUAUCACUCUACAGGACAUCAUUGAUGCAGAUCUUUUCCAGAAUCUUGAACGCAGACAAAGAUUCUCCCUAGCCCUAACCAUCGCCUCCUCCUUCGUUCAGCUUCUCGGUUCUCCCUGGCUUCCCACAACAACAAUCACUAAAACGGGCAUCAUCUUCCUCGUAGAUCCAAACUCUACCGCACACUUACUCGCUGAAGACGAACCGGCCUUUUUGAACGAACCCUACGUUCAACACCCCUUCGUGGGCAAAAACCCGAGCCACAAGCACGGACCGCACAUGCCGAAAGGCACCUCUUUCGACCAACUAGGCAUCAUCCUCCUCGAACUUUGCUUCGGAAAGCGCCUCAGAGAUCAACCCUGCCGGCGGCGGUACGAUGACAAGUUCGCCGCAUCUAACGAUGACUUGCGAGCAAUUUAUGACGUAGCUGCGGCGAAAGAUUGGCAGGGUAAAGUCCUGGGAGAGGCAGGACCAGAUUAUGCGGCUGCGGUGAAUUGGUGUUUAGGGGGAAAUCGGGGUUAUUCUGGCAGCAAAGUGAACCACCGGGAUAAUUAG